UUGUGAGGUUAUGUUUGACGAGUUAAAUUUUUGUUUGUAAUAAUGGCCAAUUUCCGAUCAAUAUAUAAAGUACAAGUAUUCUUGACGAUAUUAAUUCAUCUAACAGUCGCCUUGUACGAAGACCAAGUGGGAAAGUUCGAUUGGAAGCGGUCGUUCGUAGGUAAAGUGAAAUACGUUAGUUUUGAAGCUAAGAAGAUAAUCGUUGCCACAGAGGAAAACGUCCUAGCGAGUUUAAAUUUAAAAAACGGCAAUAUUCAGUGGAGACAACUGCUCGAAGAUCCCAAAGAGUGCCAAAUUGAGCUGUUACAUGUCACCAGGGAUGUAAUUACUGUUUCUGGAACAAAAAACGCGUGGCUUGUAAGGUACUGGGACCUAAACACAGGCACUCUAUUGAAUGAGUGGUCCAUAAAUGUAGAUAAAAUUGUUUCAUCGUCCUUUGCAAUGGUUAAUGAUAGUCUUUUGCACAUUGUCCCUGUUACUUCGUCUUAUUUGGAGGUUACUAAAUAUGAGCUGAGAGGAAUAGAGCCUGGCACCAUAGGAAGUUUUAAAAAAAUCGCAGCCCCUUGGAUUGCGGAAAAUACUGAAUGUGUUACUGCUAGUUCAUUUUAUGUAUGUUUAUGGGGAAACCAAAUUUAUUAUGUCAAUUUGCUUGCAAAAGAUGCUAGGUUUACUUCAAAUUCAAUAAAUGACUUAUUGGGAAACAAUGUCAGACACCCAGUCCUUAUCGAAUACACAGAUGAACAACCAUCAGUCUUGUUGUCAAGCAAUAAUGUUGCAAAACUGCUCAUUAUUACAGAUGAAACUCUCGAAUUGAAGCCAUUUGACUUAAUGCCAAAUGCUGUAAGUAUUAGUAAUGACGAAAAUGUUAUAUAUCAGCUGGAAGCAAAUGACAAUAAGUAUAAACUUAUUAGGGUCAAGUCCAAGAAUAGAGAGACUGGCAGUGAUCAGUUUUCGGUUGAUUUGGAGUACCCUCUAGGUCUAGGUGCGCCAAUCAUAUUAGGGGGUCAAAAAAAAGGGUCAUUUGCAGAUUUACUAUUGAGUACUACAGACAAUGCUCUUUUGCUUGUUCAACUUCCUGAAGGCAAGAUUUCAUGGACGAGGGAAGAAGCCUUGAGCAAUAUAGUAGCGACUGAGUUUUUUGAGUUACCAGUAUCUGAAUUGGAUGCCUCGAUAGAACACGAAUUUGAUUCCGCUAGCGAUAUUCUGACAAUGUUCUGGCAUCGGAUUGCAACUCAAUUUAAUCAAUUUUACAACUUGCUGUUUGGCAAUAAACUGCUCACCAACAACAAUUUAGUUCGAGAUGAGUUUGGUUUGCACAAAAUCAUUGUUGUCGCUACAAGAGUUGGAAAACUAUUUGCGCUUGACACAUUGACCGGUUCCAUAGCAUGGAGUUAUCGUUUACCCAACAUAAUCCCGUUCAUUGACUUUGAUAAAGACAAAAUGGUUUUGUUUGUUCAAAGGACUGCCCAGCAUGCCCCUUUGCCAGCUCAAUGCACCUUGUUGGCCCGAGAUUCUAUUACUGGAAAUGGGGUGUACUUUGAAUUUGACCCUAUUACUGGUUAUUCAUCUCAAAAUAUCCAGCAUUUGAAUUACCCCAUUGCUCAAGCUCUUCUCUUGCCUCACGCAGAUAGGAACUUAAUUAAACCCCUAGUAAUAGUGUCAGAUAAAAACGAGGUUCACCUGUAUCCAAAUAAAUCAAUGGAUUUUGUGAAAGAUUUCAUUUCUACUACAUUUUUGUAUACAACUGAUAGCAGGUUGAGUAUUCUGCAAGGAUACUCCAUAAAAUACAGUAAGGAAGAUCAUUUGAAAUUAAUACCGACAUGGAACUUGGAUUUAGCGCCUUCAACAUUAGUCGCGUUAAGUGCCAAACCAGCAAAUGAACGAGUUCAUUCGCAAGGUAAAGUGUUGUAUGACCGGUCGGUGUAUUACAAGUACGUAAAUCCUAAUCUAUUAGCAGUGGCAACCGUGAGUGACGAUUUAGUGCACCGCAGCGUACUUACUGUUUAUCUCAUAGAUGGCGUUACGGGUUUGGUGCUAUAUUCAACUUCUCACAAAAAAGCCAAAGGUCCAGUAUAUCUGGUUCACUCGGAAAAUUGGCUAGUGUACUCAUUUUUCAACGAAAGAUUUCGACGCACAGAACUUGCGGCCAUAGAACUAUAUGAAGGUCAUCUUCAGAGCAACAGCAGCAUAUUCAGUUCAUUUGCAAUUAGCCAGUUACCCGACGUUCAAUCACAGUCCUACAUAUUACCGGCCCAACCUGUUAAUAUGGCUGUGACGUUAACAGAGAGGGGUAUUACAAAUAAGUUUCUUCUAGUUGCUCUAUCCACAGGCGCUGUGGUAGAAAUACCAUGGCUGCUCGUUCAACCCAGGUUCGGGGACAUGCCUUGUGGUCCGGAGGAAAGUUGUAUACCUUAUAUGCCGCAAAUUCCCUUACCAUCGGAAGCUACACUGAAUUAUAAUCAAUCUUUAGCUAGAAUACGAGGCAUCGAAGUUGCUCCAGCCAGGUUGGAGAGCACUAGUCAUAUCUUGGUGCAUGGGCUUGAUAUGUUUUAUACAAGGGUAGCCCCGUCAAAAACUUUUGAUGUGCUGAAAGAUGAUUUCGAUCAUCGGCUCAUAGUAUUAGUAUUAUCUGGACUAAUUGUAGCGUCGCUUAUUACCAAACACCUCGCGUCGCGCAAAGCGUUGAAACAGGCGUGGAAAUAGUGUUUUUUAAAUUAUUUAGGUAAUUGUUAUUGUUUUUGUUUGUAUAUGUAGGGAUGUACAUUGAAAACAUUUAUUUAUGACUUAUUGCCAUUAUAAAAUCGCACUUAGUGAAUUCGUCACCUGUCCGCGCGGGUGGACUCGUCAUUCUAAAACCAAUUUUAUAAUCUGUAGUGGAGGUGACUGAAUUUCUAUUUUUUUUGUUUUUUUUUUGUAUAGGGUAAGCCGAAGAAUUCGGUGAUGUACAAAUAAAUAAAUUUAGGCUGCAACAGUCUCAUUUGAGUUUUUACUUUUGUUUUCAAUUAGUUUUGCUUAAGCUGAAUUUCGUGCUGCUUAUGGGUAAUGCCGGCAUUCGCAGUUCGUUUUUUUUUUUGUUCAGUUGUUUUGGCCAUUCUAAAAUUAGUAAACCGAAUGUAACCUUUGUCGAACUUGCUCUUCAAUUUGUAAAUUUAUGUAUGAAUGAGAUGGAGCGAUUUAUAAAUUUUGAGUAAUAUGAACAAUGUAAAAGUGCCAUAAUAAAUAUAAACUAACCAAAAUUUUCAC